GGCCGGCUAUUUGAAGGAGGCGCGCGGAUCAAAUACGCACUUCAGUCGGCGGACAGAAGAGGCGGGAGCUGCUUUGGGUAACGCUACCCCGCUGACCACAGAGGACUCAGGCGCGGGCUCGGUCCCAGCUGUGGCCUCUGCCGCAGUCCGGCAAGGCGAUGGCCAAGGUUUCUGUGCUGAACGUGGCGGUGCUGGAGAAUCCGAGCCCUUUCCACAGCCCCUUCCGGUUCGAGAUCAGCUUCGAGUGCAAUGAGGCCCUGGCGGACGAUCUAGAGUGGAAGAUCAUUUAUGUUGGCUCAGCUGAGAGUGAGGAGUUUGAUCAAAUCCUAGACUCCGUGCUAGUUGGGCCUGUCCCAGCGGGGAGACACAUGUUCAUCUUUCAGGCUGACGCCCCCAACCCAUCCCUCAUCCCUGAGACCGAUGCUGUGGGUGUGACCGUGGUCCUCAUCACCUGCACCUACCAUGGACAGGAGUUCAUCCGUGUGGGCUACUACGUCAACAAUGAAUAUCCCAGUCCCGAGCUGCGGGAGAACCCACCCCUGAAGCCAGACUUCUCUCAGCUCCAGAGGAACAUCUUGGCCUCGAACCCCCGAGUGACCCGCUUCCACAUCAACUGGGAUAACAACAUGGACAGGCUAGAGGCCAUAGAGAACCAGGACCCUGCCCUGGGCUGUGGCCUCCCCUUCAGCUGCGCUCCCAUCAAGGGCUUGGGUCUCCCUGGCUGCAUCCCCGGCCUCCUCCCUGAGAAUUCCAUGGACUGCAUCUAACUGCGGGAAUCCAGGCCCUACCUGGGCCCAGCCAGGACUGUGGCCAGUCUCCUAGCACAUCUGGAGAGGGCAGCUGGGCCUCCCGGACAAUCCCAUGGAGGCCAUCUGGAAGACUUUGGGGCCAUCAACUAUACCUAGGCCAGUCAGACAUGGCUCUGAGGAAGGAGCAGGCCUCAGGUCUCUCCCAACCCUGACCCAGAAGGAUCAUCUUACCUCUACUGCCCAGGCCUGUAAGAAGCAGGUACUUCGGUUUUU